GGGAAAGUCUUUUACCAAAUUGUCCUGAACAGAGGAAAGGAGUCCAGAGACUCAACACUUUUGAAGAUCCGUAUAUCAAAGAGAGAGAAGACCAAACUCUGCAACUCAAAGGUCAUCUGAUUCGUGGAUCGGAGCUGUCUGAAUAGCAUCAGAUAAUAAUAGCAAUUUAUGCAUCAAAGUCUCUGUUCACCUCUAAUGGCGUGAAACCUCAGAUGCUCUAGUUCAUCCAGGUACUACUAACUCUUGCCUCUUGGUCGAAAGCUGAAACCUUUGUCUACAAAUCGAUUAACCCACAAGGAACAACAACUUUUGGUUCUGUCUGAAUGAAUUGAAGUUCCGUAAGAUGUCGGAAAAGAGCAUGCUUUCCUCAAGACUCCUCUUUUACACGAUAACAGUAUCGACGCUGCUAUUCAUCGUCUCUUCUCUCUUCUUCCUCCAACGCAACGACUCUUCUUUCACUUCAAGCUUAGUCCGCAAGCUGAUUCUUCCAAGAACAGACAUCAAGAACGAGCAAACCGGUAUUAAACCGGUCUCGUGUGGUGUGUUAAAGGUGUUCAUGUACGAUCUCCCCUCUGAGUUUCACUUCGGGCUAUUGAACUGGCACAAGAAAAGGUCCGAGACUUGGCCUGAUGUCAAGAACGUUAGCACAGUCCCGUCUUAUCCUGGUGGGUUGAAUCGUCAACACAGUGUAGAGUAUUGGCUCACGCUUGACUUGUUAGCUUCAGAGACACCUGAGGUUAAGAGACCAUGUCGUGCAACUAGAGUGAAGAGUUCUAUCGAAGCUGACAUUGUCUUCGUGCCCUUCUUCUCCUCGUUGAGUUACAAUAGGAAGUCUAAGCUCACUGGGAACGAGACCACCAGUGUUGAUAGACUGUUGCAGGAGAGACUAGUUGAGUUCUUGAAAAGUCGUGACGAGUGGAAGAGAUUUGAUGGGAGAGAUCACUUGAUAGUAGCUCACCAUCCAAACAGUUUGCUCUAUGCAAGAAACUCGCUUGGCUCUGCAAUGUUUGUUCUCUCGGACUUUGGUAGGUACCCAUCAUCGAUUGCUAAUAUUGAGAAAGAUAUCAUUGCUCCUUACGUGCACGUUGUUAAGACUGUCUCCAACAAUGAGUCAGCUCCGUUUGAGAAGCGUCCUGUGUUGGCGUAUUUCCAAGGAGCUAUCUACAGAAAAGAUGGUGGAACUAUACGGCAAGAACUGUAUAACCUCCUUAAAGAUGAGAAAGACGUUCACUUUGCAUUUGGAACCGUAAGAGGGAACGGGACUAAACAAACCGGUAAAGGCAUGGCUUCUUCCAAGUUUUGUCUCAAUAUUGCAGGUGACACGCCUUCCUCUAACCGUCUUUUCGACUCCAUCGUUAGCCAUUGUGUUCCGGUUAUAAUCAGUGAUCAGAUCGAGCUUCCAUUUGAAGAUACGCUAGACUAUUCAGGUUUCUCUGUGUUUGUGCACUCUUCUGAAGCUGUGAAGAAAGGGUUUUUGGUGAGUCUCCUCAGAGGGAUAACAGAGGAUCAGUGGAAGAAGAAGUGGGAGAGACUCAAAGAGGUUGUUAGGUGUUUUGAGUAUCGGUUUCCUUCUCAGCCUGGAGAUUCAGUGGAUAUGAUUUGGUCUGCGGUUUCGCAUAAGCUUUCUUCACUUCGGUUUGAUGUUCAUAAAAAGAAUAGGUACCGUAGAUCUGAAGUUUUUGAUAGAAGUUUAUCAACUUAAAAAAAUCAUGUAUGUGAGGAUGCUAUUUGAAAAAAGACUCAUUCUCUGUUCUUGCCUCAUUUAUGUUUUCUCCUCUUGAAGUUGAAGAGCAAAGUAUAUAACUCAGCUGGUCCAAAUUCAGACAUUAAACAGAGAAGUCUUAGGUUUGAGAAAGACAAAACAAGCAGAUCUUUACAAAGAAGUAGGUUUAUUUGACCGAACAUGACUCAAUCUAAGUUUGCACUCUGCAAUUCUGUGGCAAUCUUUGAGCAUAGAUGUAGAUGAUGAAGAAGACCAUUCUCUAAGAACCCCAAAUGGGUCUCCCCCAUUAAUCAUGCUGUCAGAGCCUUAAAAGCUCUCCUGGGAGAGAAGAAAAUGAAACAUUUAGCUACAACAUGUGUUUAUCAGUUACCAUAUGCUCUGUUAUUAUUUUUGGUAUCACAUUCUCAAACUGUAGCUGAAUGGUUCAUGCUGUUUGCUUGGGUGGAUUACCAAUGUAUAUUCUUAUGCAAAACGAAUUGACACUCGUGUUGUAAAUUUUGGAACCUGAAGGCUUUAGGUGUUGUGUUGA